AUGUCUCUGUGCCACCUUAAUCUCCCAUUCGCAUCCGAUGCGGCGUCUAUCCCCUCCACAUUUCACUCACCUAAUUCUUCUCCUAUUCUUUCUACUUCUAUCUUCACUACCAAAAAGGUUCAUUUUUCAAGUGUUCUGCGGCGGUCCUGUGGAGUAGUCAGGUCUCAUAUGACAAUGGAAGAGAAACCUCUCUCUCAAAACAAUCGAAUGCUUGUGUAUGUGCCUGCUCAUCCUCUGAUCAAGCACUGGGUUUCAGUUCUCAGGAAUGAGCAAACUCCUUGUCCCAUUUUCAGAAAUGCAAUGGCUGAGUUGGGAAGGCUACUAAUGUAUGAAGCCUCAAGGGAUUGGCUGCCAACAGUGUCCGGCGAGAUUCAAUCACCGCUGGGUGUCGCCUCAGUGGAGUUUAUUGAUCCAAGGGAGCCUGUGGCUGUAAUUCCAAUUUUGAGAGCUGGUCUUGCUCUUGCUGAACAUGCAUCAUCAAUCUUGCCUGCUACAAAAACAUAUCAUUUAGGAAUAAGCAGAGAUGAGGAAACUCUUCAGCCAACUAUAUAUUUGAACAAGCUACCUGAAAAAUUUGCAGAAGGGUCUAAAGUAUUCGUGGUUGAUCCUAUGCUGGCAACAGGUGGCACUAUAGUGGCAGCCCUGAACCUCUUAAAGGAUCGCGGAGUUAGCAACAAGCAGAUUAAAGUGAUAUCUGCAUGUUCUUCCCCUCCAGCUCUCGAAAAGCUGAGCAACCAGUUCCCCGGGCUCGAAGUAUAUACCGGAAUAAUUGAUCCCGUACUUAAUGACAAAGGGUUUAUAAUUCCGGGCCUUGGAGAUGCCGGCGAUCGCAGCUAUGGUACAUGA